UUGAAAGCGAGGACCACUAUUGUUCGUUUGACCGCCGAGCGCCCGUACAACCGGAAGUGAUGGAAGUGAUGCUGUGCUUGAAAGAAGUUUGCGCCAAUUCCUAAAAUCCGGAUUCUAGCCCCUUUGCUCCCGUCGUUUCCCACUUCCCCCAUCAGCAGAAGCAACCGUGUGCCGUGUGCGUGACUGUAUGUGAGAAAGGAAAAGUGAUUUUUCGUUGUGUUGUUUCAAUUUUGUUCCACACGAAAGCUGUGUGCCUAGCGAUGGCCGGUGGUGUGUACGGGCGGCUGCUGCUGCCGGCUCUCUGCAUGAUCCUCACCACACUGCUGGGCGGAUCAUCGGCCGAGCCGGAUGCCGAGCUGGCGGAUCGACCGAAAACCGCCUACCUCGGUUGCCACAAACGGUUGUUCACGUACCGGGUGUCCCAGACGGACAGUAAGGGGCGCGAGUGCUGGGAUCACGUCAGCGUACUGUCCUGCUGGGGACGCUGCGAUUCGAACGAAAUCUCCGACUGGCGCUUCCCGUACAAACGAUCCCACCAUCCGGUGUGUGUGCAUGCGGGGCGAACGAAAGCGGUGGCACUGUUGCGCCAUUGCCAUCCGGAUGCGGAUCUGGCGGCACGGCAGUACGAGUACAUGGAACCGAAAUCCUGCAACUGUCAGACCUGCUCCAGUACCGAUACGAGUUGUGAAGGGCCCAAACAGCUCAACACGGAAGCGGUCACAAAGAUAUUCCAAAUCGAUGAAGAAGACACGGAACCGGAAUAUCCCUAAGGUCGUACGCCCACGCUAAGCAACCGCCAAACCUUUUUCCCCCCCAUCCACCUCUGGUAGCCAUUCAACGUGUAGAUGUAAGGAACGAGCCCUGGACCUGGAUAAUGCAAGAUUGUGCCAACGCUUCCCCCUUUGUGCUCCAACAGGUUAAGGAACCAACAACCAUUAGAAGGAUGUAUUUAAAACACUACUAGCGUACAUAGCAGAGAUAGAGGGAUUAAAAUAAAUGCAUUAUUUUUAUGCCAAACGUA